AUGAAUCCUAAUAAUAAUUGGAGAAAUAGAAGAGGCAACUUUAACAAUUUUGGUGGUUGGAAUUCAAAUUUAGAUCAGGGUUACCGUGAACAAGGUUAUUAUGAAGAGAUGGAUGAUAAUUAUUUUGAUAACAGGUUUGGGUGGCAAAAUGGACGAGGUGGUGGACCACCACAGAGCCAAUGGGGACCUUUCAAUCCAGGACCCAAUAACUGGGGGCCACCACUAGAUUUUCUCGGUAGUCUACCUAAUAUGUAUGCUUGGGGGCGAGGGUUUGGGCCAACGGGGCCUCCUAUACAGCAUCCUAAAAAAAAUAGCAAGCCUAUUGCAUACCUUAUACGUUGUGGUGUUCCUAAGGAACGAUUGAAUAAUCUACCAAAGGACUUUUUGCGUCUUAUAACUCCUGAAUUCUGUGGUGUCUGUAGUGCAGUACUUGAGUCUUUCCAUUCAUCUCGAGCCCAUUAUGCAUCCAAGGGCCAUUUCAAGAAACAAAAUAAAUGGAUGGCUGAACACAGAAAUAUGAUGUACCAACAUCCUAACAAUGAGGCCCCGCUGAAAUCUCGCGAUUUGUACUGCGAAUUAUGUGAUGUGCAAAUCACCUCUAAAGUUCACGCGGAUUCCCAUUACGAUGGAAAACUCCAUCGAGCGAUUGUUGAAGGGCACAAAAAGCCAAAGAACAGUUCUCUUCUUUCCAAAAGCAUGGCGGGACGUGUGGCCCAACUUAUUCGCCGUGAAAGAAAAUUCAUUAAAACCUCAUAUGAAAUAGAAAAAAGUGAAGAAGAGCUGACACGGGCGAAAAUUCAAUCAGAAUUAUACUGUAAUAUAUGUGCGACUUCAGUAACGUGUACCGAGCAGAUGACUAUGCAUUUGAAUGGCAAAAAGCAUUUGGCUAGGGAAAAGAAUCACAUUCUAUCAAUGAUGAAGUGUGAUAGUGAAAAUGAAGAUAAAGAGGACAAUCAUGCGGAAAAAGCAGAGAAGGAAGAAGUUGUUGCUGAGACCACAGUCAAGGAACAAGGUGAUGAAGUAAACGACAAAUACGACUGGGGCAACGGUAGCGGCGCAUGGGAGGAAGAAGAGAAACAAAAAGAAGAAUAA